AUGGCCUGCCUCAAAAGAUACAGCAACGAGCAGGUUGCUGCCUUCGACGCGCAGCUUGCACCUUUCAGAGGAAAUAUGAAAGUGCAACCGAAUGGCACUCUUUACUUUGCCAAGAAUGGCAUCGUAAUAGGGUUUGAUAGUGCUUUCCCUUUGAUUUAUGCUUACCAGGCUUGUGUAUUCGACCUCGCCACGACUUUCCUUGGAAAUGUGACUGGCAAAUUCCGAGACAUCGGAAUUAAAUACGACUCGGAAGAUUCCCUGGAUGAGAAAGGAUCUCUCAUCAAGGAAUACCGUGUGCGGCUAUAUGGCGCACACAUGAGCUCUCCCAUUGAUUGCGAUCGCAGAUACGUGUUCGUCGAUGCUUGCUCGGCCAUCAGCUUCGAAGACGCCCUCAUCAGAUUGGCACUGUUUUAUCAAGCUGCGAUCGGCAACUGGGUGGGCUUUUGGAAUGGGCCAAAAGACGCCUGCGAUUGGUUUGGAGGGCAGUUAGCCUGCCACAAUCAGCUUGUCGUGCUUCCCGCACCGCAGAUCCCACUGGGCCUCCCGAUUGACGAGAGCAUUGUAGCGACCAGCGGUGAUGAGGAUGCCGGUGCUGCCAAGACCAUCGAUGAAUCGGGCAUCGAUCCGAUACUGAGAGCGCAAACCUUCUCAGCUGAAGAGAGUCUUGCCCUCCCCAGCGGUAACGAGGAUGCCGCUAAUGCGAUGCCCAUCGAUGAUUCCUGCAUUGACCCGAGACUUUUGGCGCAAAGUCUCCCAAGUGAAGAGAGCGUUGCGGUCGGCAUCGGUAACGAGGUUGCUGCGUCUGGGUUGACCUGGGACGAUUUCUUUAUCGAUCCAGGACUGACGAGUGAUUGGCCAUAG